UCUGGAGAAACGCGCAAGCCCUCAUAUCAUUGAGUACUCAGUACUUCUGUUUUUUACAACAGGCGUGCCAUAAUGAAUAGAUUGAAAAUUCCCUCCAUAGAGCAGGACUCUGAUGAGCCAGAUGAUUUCAUUAAGACCUUACUUAAUGAAGAAAAGGCUAGCAAGAAGCAAAAGAAGUCGGACCCGCACGAAGAUGUUCGCGCCCAGGCAGCAGCUGCGGUCCGCAGGGGCAAAACGUUCGCGGAGAUCGAAGCAGAAGAGGGGGGACCUAUCAAGGAGUCCCUCGUUGGUAUGGCGCACACAAAACGCGCCCUCGAUCGGAAGAAGAAGGACGUCGAAGUGGGCGACACCGAACUUGUUGCAAACACGGAGCGAUACGAGAAGGACACGCUGGAGGUGGAGGAAGAGGACGGCAUCAAAUUCGAGCCCUUCAACCUAAAGCAGGAGCGCGAGGAGGGGUUCUUUGACGAGGAUGGCAACUACGUGUUCCGCAAACAGGCUGGUGAGGAGGGCGAUGAGGAGAAAGACGCGUGGCUGGACUCAGGAGAAACCAAGGUCGUCAGCGAAGCGGUCCGGCAACGUAUUGAGGCGCAGCGGGCCCAGGCGGAAGCGGCUGCACGGCGAGCACCCCUGACAGAGCGUCAAAUUGCGCAGCGCAAGGCCGACAUGGCAGCCAUCAUGCAGCCAGGCGAAACCGUCACACGCGCGCUCAAGCGCCUGGGCGGCGCUGGCGGUGCGGGUGCAGCCACCGCCGCCGGGCUUCCCCACCGGGCCAUGGGCAAGCGUGAACGCGCCCGGCUACUCGCCCAGCAGCAGGAGCUGCUUCAAAAGCAGCAGCAAAAGCAGCAGCAGGGCAGCAGCAACAGCAAUGGAGCAGCGGACGCGGGCCCUAGCACAGCCGGCAGCGGCACGGAUGCUGACACGCAGCGGCGGGUGCAGUUCCUGCGUCUUACGGAGCUGGCUGAUGAGUUGCUGGAGGAGGGGGAGCUGGAGAUUUACGGCGAGACGCAGGAGGCGUUGACGCGGUCGGCUCGCAUGUGGCUGCCGCAGCUGGCAGCAGCGGGGGCGGCACCGGCAGCGGUUGGUGGUGGUGGUGCUGCAUGGCCUGCUGGGGGUGCUGCUGGCGCAGGGGCAGAGGCAGGGACCUCUGCCGGGAGGGCUGCCGCCGCAGCAGCAGAUGCGGAUGAUGAUGACGACAUGUUUGCAGAUGCGGAUGAUGACGAUGAUGACAAGGGCAGCAGCGCCAAGCAGCGUGCCGCUGGGGGUGCCGGUGUUGCUGCUGCUGCUGCCGCCCCGGUAGCAGUGGAUGAGGACCAGGACAUGUUUGCAGACGACGAGGAGGGGGAAAAAGGAAAGGAGGAUGUGGGCAAGGGCGGCGCGGGCAGCAGCGGCAACGGG